AAACCACUUAAUCCCCAUGUAUAUAUGGAAAAUUCUCUCUUAAAAAAAUGGUGUCUUAUCCUGGAAACUGCUUGGAAACUUGAUUAGUUGUAUGUAACUAAACUACAUAUAAAGAAAAGUCAAACUCAUGAAUACCUAUCUUAUAGUUUUGUUUGUACGUUAUCUUUGCAGACAUUCAGGACUUCAGACUGGUAAGUUUUUGGUUAAUUUAUCGGUUUGGGUAUCCAAAUCAAUUCAUUAAGUUUGGAGUAGGAGUCCUGUUUGGUGAAGAAUAGUGAUAUUCAAGGCAAAUGGCACUCAAGAUUUCAGCUCAGGAAGCUGCUGAGAUUGCUAUAGGGUCUAUUGGGAGUGGAUAUAAUCUAGCUCUUGAUUUAAGGUUGAAAUACUGUCAAGAAGAAGAAAAGGAUUCACCCUUGAUUGAGUUUGAACAAGUUGGGUGUUAUGAUGUAGCUUUGCCCGGUGGAAUCUCUAUCCCAAAUGUAUCCAAGUUGAUCAAAUGUUAUCAAGGCAAGGGUACAAGGAACAUGUGUGAUGUUAUCUCUUUUCAGCAGAUGUCAGAACGGUUCAACCAUGAGCUGUCUCUGAGUGGCAAAAUUCCUUCUGGUUUAUUCAAUGCCAUGUUCGACUUCUCCGGCUGUUCGCACAAGGAUGCAGUCAGCACCAAGACCUUAGCUUUUGAUGGGAUAUUCAUCACACUUUAUACAGUUUUAUUGGACAAAUCACAAAUGGUACUCUGUGAUCAUGUUAAGAAAGCUGUUCCAUCAUCAUGGGAACCUGUUGCCUUGGCAAGAUUCAUCAAGACAUUUGGAACCCAUAUUAUUGUUGGUGUGAAAAUGGGCGGAAAGGAUGUAAUAUAUGUGAAACAGCAGCACUCAUCAACUGUUCAACCAACUGAUGUAUACACAAAACUGAAGAAGUUAGCAGAUGAUAAGUUUUUAAAGAACAAUGAACAAAGUAGAAUCAAUUCAGAACAAGUGAAGCUAAAUAAUCAGAUGCAGGAUAUCUCUAUAAUUUACAAAAGGAGGGGUGGAAGAGAGGAAAUGAACUUACCCCAUGCUGAGUGGCUACAAACUGUUGAUGUUCAUCCUGAAGUGGUCUCAAUGUCAUUCAUUCCUAUUACUUCCUUGUUAAGUGGAGUUCCAAUGAGCGGAUUCUUGAAUCAUGCCAUUGAUCUCUACUUACGUUAUAAACCCUCACUUGAAGAACUACAUUUGUUUUUGGAAUUUCAGCUGCCAAGGCAGUGGGCACCAGUUUUCAAAGAGUUUCCCCGUGGUUUACAACACAAGCGACAGAGCAAUUCGUUUUUACAGUUCAAGUUCUUGGGUCCCAAGCUUUAUGUUAACACCAUUCCAGUUGAUGUAGGUAUGAGACCAGUUACAGGUCUUCGGCUCUAUCUCGAAGGCAAAAGAAGCAAUCGGUUGGCCAUUUACAUGCAGCACCUUUCUUCUCUACCUACAUACUUUCAACUUGUUGAUGAACCCAACGAUACAUUGCCUGAUGAAGAGUCCUAUGAUAAAAGAUACAUGGAAAAAGUUCGAUGGAAGAAUUUCUCUAGAGUUUGUACAGCUCCUGUAGAGUGUUACAAUAAUAAUUCCAUAGUAACUGGAGCUCAGAUACAGGUAGAGAAACAUGGAUUGAAAAGCAUUCUCUUUUUACGACUUCAUUUCUCUACCGUUUUGGGAGCGGUAAUCGUAAGGCGUACGGAAUGGGAUGGAUCAUUUGGAAUUGCACCUCAGUCCGGAGUCCUAUCUGAUCUUUUGAGUAAGCCUUUAACACCACCUCCACCACAAAGAAAGCCAGAUACAAGCUCUGCAGUUUACCCUGGUGGCCCUCCAAUGCCAAAUUAUACCCCAAAACUAUUGAAAUAUGUUGAUACAGCAGAGAUGAAAAGAGGGCCACAAGAUCCUCCUGGGUACUGGGUUGUGUCUGGGGCAAGACUGGUUGUUGAGGAAGGCAAGAUUGCUCUACGUGUAAAGUACUCCCUAUUAAUUGACAUACCUGAUGAAAUACCUGAGGAGCAUUAGCAUACGUAUAUUUGGUUUUUGGUUUUUGCUGCUGCAAGCUCAAAGCCAAAAUAUUUGUAGUUUAAUCCUCCAUUGUUCUGGAGCUUAAUACAAAAUUUCUAACUUGGUUCUACAGAGACAGCAAAGUAGAUUAGCUGUGUGAUGUUGAAGGGAGAGUUUCACCUAGUUUAAUUGAUUGUUGUUAAUUGGAUUUUGAAAACCUUUUGUAGUUUAAAUUUCAUCAUUCUCAUUCUGUUGAUUGUGUGCAUAAAUAAAACACCAGAGAAAUUUACCCAUUUUCAUCAGAUGAAAA